GGUGAGCGUGGCUACAUUUCAUUCGAUGAGUAACGACACGAGCAGCAUGAAGGCGGCUUUUAGAAAUCUGAUUCUUCUAUGUCUUAUAUCGGCUUGUCUGUGUGGUCAACAGUCAGCCAAACCUUUAACCAUAAACGAAAACAACUGGACACAGUCACUGGAAGGAGAAUGGAUGGUGGAAUUUAUGGCUCCCUGGUGUCCUGCUUGUCGUGCCUUCACAGAAACAUGGGCUAGCUUUGCAAAAUGGGGUGAAGACUUUGACUUUAAAGUUGGUGUUGUGGAUGUCACAGAAAAUCCAGGACUGAGUGGGCGGUUCCUUGUCUCUGCUCUCCCUACUGUGUAUCAUGUUAAGGAUGGAGUAUUCAGACAGUACAAAGGAGGACGGAAGGAAAAUGAGCUUGUUAGCUUUAUUGAUGAGAAAAAAUGGGAGGAGAUUGAACCAGUGGUGUGGUAUCUAUCCCCAAGCUCAGUACAGAUGGGAGCAGUUGGUUUCUUCUUCAAGGCUGCAAUGCAAAUAAGGGCUCUGUACAAUGUGAUGACUGCGGAAUACGGGAUCCCAGAGUGGGCGUGCUAUGUCAUCUUUGCUGUCAUGACCAUAAGCCUGGGAUUGAUUCUUGGUUUGCUGAUUGUGUGCUGUUGUGACAUGGUGUUCCCUACCAAGUAUCUACCUCCACUUCCACCACAAGAGAGACUUGUAACCCCGCAGCACCCAGAGGAAGAUUUAGAGUCACAGGAGGAUACAGAGGAUGAUGAUUCCCAAACAGAAGAUAUACUAGAUGACACACAGCAUUCUCAGUCAGAGGAAGAGGCUGUGGAGGAAGAGGAGGAAGAGGAGACAGGGAAGGCUACAAAAGAGGAAUCAAAGCCAGAACCGACUGGAGAUGCCAAGCCCAGGCGUAGACGACCAAAGAAGGCCGACUGAAUCUACUGUAGUGUACUAUUACUUUGACCUGUGGUGCCAACCUGUGUCUAAUAUAUGUUGAAAUAUUUAAGAGAAGUUGAGAAGUCCAACUUUCCAGAUUUUAUAUCUUGUGGGUGAAAAGCAAAGUUUGUUUUCUCUAUUUCAAAUGGCGAUGGAUUAUAUCUUAAUGAGUCCAUGAUCAUAUUAUCUGAACUAUUUCCAUGUAUAUCACAAAAGCUAUGUUUCUCUCAUGCAGACAUCAUGGGAAAUCCAGUCACAAUAUUGGAUUUAUACAGUAUUACAUACCUACCAAAACAAUCAGUUGAACUUACUGUAAAUCACAUAUUUCGUGUGGUAUUUUAUUUUCACGUUCAAAUGUAAGGAGAGCCAAUCGCAAAUUCUUAUCUUUUGUGAUUAUUUGUACAAAUCUCUUGACGACAUCCUUAUUAUUCUUUAACUUUAUUUUGCCUCAGUUCACAUUUCCAUUGAAUUUAUAUAUACCUAAUAAUAUUAUUACAAACAAAUCUGCUAGACAUAUGUUACUUUCAAAUUCGAACAUUUUAAGAACUCCUCGCAUUUAACAACAUCCCCAUAUUAUGCUCUUUAGAACUUCACAAAAUGAUUGAAAUGUACAGCUGUGGGUCAGGGGUCAAGCUUGUAUGCCACAAUUGAUGUCAGAUACCAUUUUUUUGUUUGAAAGGUGCUAAAAUAUUUACAACAGAGUUGAUAACAUGCAAAAGACCUGUUUUAUUAAAUCACAAAAUAAACAGCAGGAAAAUUAUUAAAGAUGAUUCCACAGUUAUGACUACUGUAGAAUUAGUUUAAGCAUGUGACUAUGUAUAUGGUUAAACACUACAUCUGGUAAACUGAAAUCCUGUCAUCUUACCUUGAAAACAACUCACUUCACAAACAUGAAAGUAUACGAGUAUUUAUAGGGAUUUUUUUGUUCAUGUAUUAGCCUGUGUUCAGGUUAAUACAAUUUAGUAGGGACACACAAUGUAUGACAUGACUAGAUCACUCUUUAAGGACACUUAUAAAGAAAAUGGCGAACAGUAUGAAGCUAUCGCUUGCUGAUAUUGGAGCUGUCCAGAGUCUGUAUCUCUAACAGCUCAUCAUUCCCGAAUUCAAAGUCAUUCCUGGAUCAGAGUUUGCGAAAUCAUGUAUUCAUGAAUUAGUCCGUAGAGGUGAGUUCGCAAAAUAAAAUAUUCAUGAAAUGUUAGUGAUUUACAGUAAUUUUGUCGAGAGUUUUCUGGAAGGAUGGUUUUGAUUGUUGGUUUUAUCUUAAGAAUCAGUGGACUAUAUAUAUUUAUAUAUCGCACUACAUUAUCAUGACAACAUAUAAUGGUACAUUUUGUUUGAGACCCUGUUUUAGUAUUUGGAGGCGUAGACCUGUGAAAAAUUGUCUUAACAUUGACAACAAAAAAUUGCUACAUCAAUCCUGUCUCAGAUUUCUUAUCAGACAGGCGAUUGAGGUAGACAUGUCAUUCCUCUACAUCAGUAACACUUUCUAAAUUCUGUUACUCAAACAUAAUACAUUUCUAAGUGUCUGUUGAUCCAACACUAGGUGAUAUCCUUUGCCUGUUGUGCAUUUAAACUCUAUGCUUGCUUAUGUUAUUGUACUGAGUAGGUGAGAGACAGUACAGAUUUUUUUAAAAUGAGAAGAUAUUUAUUCAAAGUUGCUUUCUUUUAAAACAAUUUGCUUUUCUGUAACUGAAUGUAAUUCAGAUAAACUUGAUAUGAAAAAAACUAAUAUGUCAUAUAGGUAUAUCUCUAUAUUGUGUUAUUUACAGUAAUAAGGAUAAAGUACAUUUAAUUUUGCAAAUCAUUCUUGAUUUCAUAGUCAAUCAUAGAUAACUUUUGUCAAAUGCCAUUAAUUACCUCAAAGUUUUCUUCUUUCUCAAAUAAUGCUAACAUUAUUCCCCUCAUUUUAUCGUUAGUUUUGAAUAGAAAAAUAUUUUAUCAUCGAUUCCACGGGUCUGUUUAGUAUACUAACAUACUGGAAUAAAUGAAGCUAGCUGUAGAUGAUAUCCAGGAUCUUCGAUCAAUGAAAACCCCUUAAUUUUUUUUACGUUUGUACAUGUUUUUGAGAAAAAAAAGAAAAAAAAAUCUUUAAAGUGGAUGAUUUCAAUAAAAUUGUUCAGUUUUCUUGUUACAAGUACAAUGUACACAGAAAGGUAUUAUCACAGACUGGGUAUUUACAUAAUAUUGACAGUUUUCUGAUUAAAGUGGUAUUUGAAAAGUACAUUAAUCCCGCUCAAUAUAUCCAUGAAAAGUUAUAUGACAGAAUUCUCAAGAGGAAAAUGGCAGUUUCUGUCAAAACUGAUGCUUUAGAAUUCUGAAAGUUAUAAACAAUUGGAGAAUUUAUGCAUUGUGUUAACAAAGGAUACCACCAUUUUGUAAAAGUGGAGUUGGAUGUGAAUGGAAAAAGAAAUGUGAUGUUGAUCAAUUAAGAUAGAUUGUGACCAAUUUUAUAAAUAUGUACUUUGUGCGGUGAAACUAGAAUAUUGAUGUGCUGUAUGUAAUGUAUGUAAAUAAGUGUUGAUUGCGUAAAGAAAGUACUGGAUGGUAUAGUUUGUAAAUUUUAUAAUUGUGUGAAAAGGAAAAAAAAGAAAGAUGGCUUUAUUAAAUUGAAGAAGCUUUAAAGUAUGAUUUUAUUGUCUGCAAGGUUUCCUAAGGAAUCCUAAGUGAUGUUUGCUUAUUAUGUUUUUUCCAUUCCAAAAUGUAUACAACAAUACCUGUUGGUAUAUGUGUUAAAUAGACAAUUUGUUUCACAAUAUUUUAGUUGCGAAAUUGAACAUUACUUCCUGCUGACUAUACUUUAAUUCCGAAAAACUCACCGAAGAAUUUUUUUUUAUCAAUAUCAAACCACACUUAUUCAUUUUUUCAUGAUAUAAAAAUAAAACAAACAUUAUUGUGUGGAAUUCAUUUUGUUGUGAAGAACAAGAAUUGUUAGAUAAACUUGAUUUCUUCUUUCAUAUUUUCACUGAUUUAUAUAUUACUAAAAUA